CCAAACAAAUCAUAAACAUAGGCUUUUGAGUUUCGGCGGUCUAAGUGAAGUUCCGAUAUGGCGAGACAGAAGAGCCCCGGCGUAAAGAUCCUCUGGGUUUGGACUCUUGGCACCGCCGCCAUUCUCGUUACAAGCGUAGCGCGGAGGAGGAUGAGGGAUAUGGAGAACAUGAUCAACUCCGAUCAACAACCAUCGCUGCACCACCAACAAACGUCUUCCACGGAUUCGUUUUCCGUCGACGAAGGAGACGCAUCACAGGCUUAGAAGCUUUCGCGCCUUUGGAUUUCGGCUCAAAGUGCGGAUGCUAGGCAUCUACCUCUCACGUUCUGGGACAUUGGGAACUCAUCGGAGCUGCAGCGAAAGCGAUAAGGUAAGUUUUUUUUCAAGAAUUAGUUUGAAUUUUGAGUCUAAUGAGUCCAUGAACUUUAAAGAUAUCCGGUAGAACUCUAAAUUUUAA